UGAACGCAUCCCGCCAGCAGAGCGCGUCCCUGCGCCUUGUACUGAAGAUGGGGAUGCCUCCUACCGGAGCACAAACCCACUCCCCGUUUUCCGUGAAAAGGAAAAGCCCUGUUGUUUUUUUAAACACUGUCAGAAAACCCAUGCUCUGCCAGCGCCUACACUACUCGCAGGACUCUCACAGGAUGCUGUCGAACAACCCUCACAUCGGGCGCAAAGUGACAGGCUGUUGGAUUUUCCUCUCCCUCUUUCAUAUCAACUUUUCUGCUGACAGCUCAGGAAAAGGCUCACAGAGCCAAGAUGAUAUACAUGUCAUCCACAACAAUCAACUGGACCUGCGGGAGAUAGUAUUCGUCCUCCAGAGUCAAAGCAACUCAUUCCAUGUGGGGCAGGCAGAAAGACGGAGAGCAGAUUUACUGAAGCAGGCACACAGUCUCACAGAGACACCACCUGUGGUUUUGCUUCUUCACAGUUUAUCAGAUAAUGAGGGGGGUUGGAGUAUCCUUCCUCUGCUUCCAUACUUAUCACACUCCUUUGGAAAAAACUCAUCCUGGAUUGUAUUUUUUGAAGAGGAAACAAAUGUGAAGAUGACUAAGCUUGUGCAGGUCCUCGCAAAAUUUGACAAGAAUAAAGAGUGGUUUCUUGGUAAGCCCCUCCAUGACGAAGAGUCAACCAUCAUCCAUCACUACGCCUUUGCAGAGAAUCCCUCCAUCUUUAAAUAUCCAGACUUUACUGCUGGUUGGGCCUUAAGCAUCCCCCUUGUUGUUCGGCUUGCAAACAAAGUGAGAGAUGAGCCACUUAAAUCUGACUUCACCAUUGACUUGAAACAUGAGGUUGCCUUGUAUAUCUGGGACAAUGGGAAUGGUCCACAUCUCACCCCUGUUCCUGAGCUGUGUACUGAGCCAGAGGACUCCCCUCAGACCAGCCACUGUGCCACCACUCUGAGCAACGAGCCUUCACUGUGUGGGGAGCCUGUAAAUAAGGAAGAUAUAUUUGUUGCUGUGAAAACGUGUAGGAAGUUUCACAGUGAAAGAGUUCCAGUGAUAAAGAAGACGUGGGAAAAGGAUGCCAUAUUUUUAGAGUACUACAGUGACCAUGCUGAUCCUUCAAUACCAACCAUUAAUAUAGGAGUACCAAAUACUGAAAGAGGCCACUGUGGGAAAACAUUUGCAAUCCUUCAAAGAUUUCUAAGCAGCUCUGUCCCAAACACCAAGUGGCUCCUUGUUGUGGAUGAUGACACACUUAUCAGUCUCCCCAGACUGCAAGUCUUGCUGAGUUGUUACAACCCUUCCGAACCAGUGUGUCUAGGAGAGAGGUACGGCUACGGCCUGAGCCAAGGCGGCUACAGCUACAUCACGGGAGGUGGAGGUAUGGUGUUCAGCAGGGAGGCUGUGGUCAGACUUCUCGACAGCGGCUGCAAAUGCUACAGCAAUGAUGCGCCGGAUGACAUGGUCCUAGGAAUGUGCCUAAAUGCUCUCGGACUUCCUGUCACACACAGUCCACUCUUCCACCAGGCACGCCCAGAGGACUAUGCCAGGGACUUCUUAGCUCACCAGGUGCCCAUCUCUUUCCAUAAACACUGGAACAUCAACCCGGUUGCUGUUUUCAAUAAAUGGCUUAAGGAUGACCUGGUGACAAAAGCUUCGGAUGGACUGAAUAAGAGCGCUAAGAUAGAGUUAUAGUAAUUUUAAGCACAGCACUAGCCUGUAUGAAUAUGUAUAUAUGUACAGCGUGUGUGUGUUAUGGAGUCAUGGAACUGAAAUAGUGUCCUUCGCAGAUGUAAAUGUUUUUGUAUUGUUGAUGUCGAACUGUAAUUAAGAGGGACCAUGGGCACGUGUGUCCAUGACUUAAUAUUUGAGUGUUUUCAUGACUGAGUUGCAUGUUGAGGUUACUGUUUUUUUGGAAAUAUUAAUGUUACAUGUGUAUAUUUAUAUCCUAUGUAUAUUCUUAACCUUACAGAGGAUAAUCUUCCUCUUUGGGAGAUACUGUAUCUUUCAAAAAGUCAAGAUCACUAAUACUGUACAAUUUGCUCUAUUUUGUCAUAAAGGUGUAAAUAUUUGA